GCGCCAAAACACACACACACACUCUCGCACGCAUUCCGCAAACGCGCCAUUUCUACCUGCCCAGCACAAUUUCGCCCUCAGUUUACCGCGAAAUUCCACUGAAGACGGACGAAACUUGCCAGAAAACCUCGAAAAGAGACCAAAGUGGGUCAGAGUGAAAAUGAAAAGUAUCGUGAUUGUUGCAGUUUUGCUGGUCAUUGGCCACAACUUGUCUCCGAGUGACGCCAAGGUCCACGUUACCGUGUACUACGAGUCCCUCUGCCCGGACAGCAUCAGGUUCAUCUCCAACCAUCUCUAUCCGACCGUGCAGGAUCCCGGCCUCAGGGACCAGAUCGACGUGCUGUUCGUCCCCUUCGGCAAGAGCAGCUCCAGCCCCAACGGCGACACCGUGGAGUUCGAAUGCCAGCACGGCCCGGCGGAGUGCGAGGGCAACAGAAUGCAAUCCUGCGUCCUCCGGCAGCUGCCCAACAAUCCAGAUGAGCAAAUCAACUUCGUGGCGUGCCAGAUGAACUUCCGAGCUGAGUCAUCCGGUCGUGUCUGCGCCGCGUCUUCCCAUGUUAAUUGGCGCAACGUGGAGGAGUGCUAUGACGGUCGUUUGGGCACGAAAUUGCAACUGGAGGCCGAGGAAUUGACUAAUGCUGUGCUGCCAAAGACGAACUUUGUGCCCACAAUUGUGUACAAUCACGUCUUCGAUAAGACGCUGCACGAGAGAUCUCUCCGGGAGUUCAGGACUGUCGUGUGCGAGAUGCUAAAGUACGAAUUCUCCGCUUGCCAUUGAAAUGCCAUGAGAGAAAUAUAAUAAAUUGAAUUUUUGC